AUCAGUCAUCAGUCAAUCGCGCAACACCGGCUGUUGUAGUCGACUGUAGGGGUCACUAUAACUGCUCGCCGGCUUUUUUGCGUUCUAGAUAAUAUUGCAAUUUAUUGCUUCUAUAUUUUCAUUUUGUACAGUCUCGAUCUGUGAAAGUGCGAAUCAAACUAAGUGCCGGAACCGUGCAUAGUUUUUUAGAUUAUUUGAAUUUAUUUACGAGGUAUGGAGUGGGAAGGGCCGCCCAAGCAAGGCUUGUACGACCCUCAGAACGAGCACGAGGCCUGUGGAGUUGGUUUUGUUGUUGCUAUCGACGGAAAACGUACUCAUAAAAUCGUCCGCGAUGCUGAAGUGCUCGCCAAACGUAUGGAGCACCGCGGCGCCUGCGCAUGCGACAACGAUACUGGCGACGGCGCCGGUGUUCUAACUGCAAUUCCGCAUCAGUUCUAUUGUGCUCAGUUGAGAGAUUCUCAUCAAAUCGAUCUGCCGCCAUUUGGUAAAUAUGCCACUGGCAUCUUUUUCCUGGAUAAACUCCAUCACCAGGACAUCGAAGCAAAGUUCAAAGACCUAGCCGAAAGCCUGGGUCUCCGCGUGCUAUGCUGGAGAACUGUUCCCACAAAUAAUUCUACAAUUGGUCAAGUGGCUCGUAACUCGGAGCCAUAUAUGCGCCAGGUGUUUGUUACUGGCGAUAUAGACGACGACAAGCAUCUAUCACGGCAGGUGUUCGUGCUGCGGAAGCGCGCGUCGCACGAGCUCGUGGUGCCGGGCGCCAGGUUCUAUAUAUGCAGUCUCUCUUUGAGGACGGUCGUCUAUAAGGGGCUGUUGACGUCCAAUCAACUAUGGGAAUACUUCAAGGAUUUGUGCAACCCAGCGUUCACAACGUACUUGGCUCUGGUGCACACCAGAUUCUCUACCAAUACCUUCCCGAGCUGGGAAAGAGCUCAUCCUUUGAGGGUACUUGCUCACAAUGGCGAGAUAAAUACGUUACGAGGUAAUGUGAACCUCAUGAAGGCCCGCGAAGGUGUCAUGAAAAGCGACAGUUUUGGGGAUGAUUUAAAGAAGCUUUACCCGGUAGUAGAACCGAACCUCUCAGACUCCGGGUCCGCAGACUGCGUACUAGAGUUCCUCCUACAUUGCGGCAACCGCUCCCUACCCGAAGCUGUCAUGACCAUGGUCCCGGAGGCCUGGCACAACGACCAGACCAUGUCCAAGGAGAAGAGGGACUAUUAUAUGUGGGCGUCGUGCGCUAUGGAGCCGUGGGAUGGACCAGCUUUGGUGUCCUUUACUGAUGGACGUUAUAUUGGUGCCAUUUUGGACAGGAACGGUCUUCGCCCCUCCCGUUUCUACGUGACGAGUGAGAAUAUACUUGUAAUGGCCUCUGAAGUGGGAGUGUAUGAUGUGGACCCAGAUAAAGUGAUUCUUAAGAGUCGUUUGAAACCAGGCCGCAUGUUGCUAGUGGAUACUGAGGAGAAGAGGAUAAUUCAAGAUGUGGAACUGAAGAGGGAGAUAGCCAAGAGCAGACCACACUCGGAUUGGCUCAAGGAACAGAUGAUAACAAUGGAAGACAUACACAAGUCCGUCCCACAAGAGAACGGUUCGCUCAACGGCUGUGUCGAAGGUGCCAUAUCGGGCCUCGCCGACAAGCGACUGGGCCUCUUUGGAUAUACUAUCGAGUCUAUUAAUAUGUUGUUGCUGCCCAUGGUUCAGAAUAAGAAAGAAGCAUUGGGUAGUAUGGGAAAUGAUGCUCCUCUGGCGUGUCUAUCUCAGUUCCAGCCGCUACCAUAUGAAUAUUUCAAACAACUGUUCGCGCAAGUCACCAACCCACCUAUAGAUCCCUUCAGGGAGAAAAUAGUAAUGUCACUGUUGUGUCCCAUUGGGCCCACUGCGAACAUUCUGGAACCGAGUGCGGAAUUCGUGCACCGCUUGUUCUUACCGCAACCCAUCCUGUCCAUACCCGAUUGUGAAGCACUAAAAAAGACCAACUAUAGAGGAUGGAAGACGAAGGUGAUAGACUGCACGUUCGAGUACACGGACGGGCCGCUGGGGCUGGAGGCGGCGCUGGGCUGCAUCGCCCGCAGCGCGCACGCCGCCGCCGCCGCCGGCUUCCAGCUGCUCGUGCUCAGCGAGCGCGCCGCCGGGCCCACGCGCGUGCCCGUCAGCUCGCUGCUCGCGCUCGGCGCGGUACACCAUCAUCUUAUAGAGACUCGGCAGCGCAUGAAAGUUGGUAUUAUUGUGGAGACUGCUGAAGCGAGGGAGGUCCAUCAUAUGUGCGUUUUACUCGGUUACGGAGCAGACGCCAUUUGUCCAUACCUAGCUUUCGAGCUCGCGUUCUCUCUUCGAAACGACAACCUAAUUGACCCCAAUCUAACCGACAACGACAUCUACACGGCGUAUCAGAAAGCCAUCGAGACCGGCUUGGCUAAGGUCAUGGCUAAGAUGGGAAUUAGUACGCUGCAGUCGUAUAAGAGUGCGCAGAUUUUCGAAGCGGUGGGCUUGAGUGAGGAAGUCGUCGAUAAGUGCUUUAGAGGGACUCAGUCGAGAAUUGGUGGUGUUACAUUCGAAAUUUUGUCGAAGGAAAUUUUCGACCGUCAUGCCCUGACUUACGGCGAUUGUAAAGAUAUGCUUGUACUGCGGAACCCCGGGUACUACCACUGGCGUGCGGGCGGAGAGAAGCACGUGAACGACCCAAUGUCUAUCGCCAACUUGCAAGAGGCUGCGAGUAACAAGAGCCUCUCUGCUUAUGACCGCUUCAGAGAGAGUGCGCUAGAGUCGGUGCGUGCGUGCACGCUGCGUGGACAACUUGAGUUGGUCAAACUGGACGAGCCCAUUCCCCUGAGUGAGGUUGAACCGGCCUCGGAAAUCGUUAAGCGGUUUGCUACUGGUGCUAUGUCAUUCGGUUCCAUUUCGCUGGAGGCACACACGACUCUCGCUAUUGCUAUGAACCGUAUUGGUGGCAAAUCCAACACCGGAGAAGGAGGUGAAAAUGCUGACCGAUACCUAGAUCAGGACCCGGAGUUCAACAAGCGUUCAGCUAUCAAGCAAGUGGCGUCAGGCCGUUUCGGUGUGACCGCGUCCUACUUGGCUCACGCUGACGACUUGCAGAUCAAAAUGGCGCAAGGAGCCAAACCCGGAGAGGGUGGAGAGUUACCUGGCUACAAAGUGACAGAGGACAUAGCCCGCACGCGUUGCUCCGUGGCGGGCGUGGGGCUGAUCUCGCCGCCGCCCCACCACGACAUCUACUCCAUCGAGGACCUGGCCGAGCUGAUCUAUGACCUGAAGUGUGCUAACCCGAAGGCUAGGAUCUCGGUCAAGUUGGUGUCAGAAGUGGGAGUCGGCGUAGUCGCUUCGGGAGUGGCUAAGGGUAAAGCAGAGCACAUCGUCAUUUCCGGUCAUGAUGGUGGUACUGGAGCCAGCUCAUGGACAGGAAUCAAAUGCGCCGGGUUGCCAUGGGAACUGGGCGUGGCUGAGACACAUCAGGUGCUGGUGCUGAAUGACCUGCGAUCUAGGGUGGUGGUACAAGCCGACGGUCAGAUCCGUACCGGCUUUGAUGUCAUGGUAGCGGCGUUGCUCGGCGCUGACGAGUUUGGUUUCAGUACUGCGCCACUUAUUGCGCUUGGCUGCACAAUGAUGCGUAAAUGCCACUUGAACACGUGUCCCGUUGGUAUUGCAACACAGGACCCCGUGCUGAGGAAGAAGUUCGCGGGAAAACCGGAACACGUCAUCAAUUAUCUGUUUAUGUUAGCUGAGGAGGUCCGCUCGCACAUGGCGGCGGUGGGCGUGCGCCGCUUCCAGGAGCUGGUGGGGCGCACGGACCUGCUGAAGGUGCGCGAGAACAACGACAACCACAAGGCGCGCGCGCUCAACCUCAGCCUCAUACUGAAGAACGCGCUGCACAUGCGCCCGGGGGUCAACAUCGUGGGCGGCUCCAAGAGUCAGGACUUCCAGCUAGAGAAGCGUCUGGACAAUCAAGUGAUCCAGCAAUGUGCUGGAAUAUUGGACGGUUCCCAGAAAAAUGUGGACAUCUCUAUGAAGAUUACUAACGAAGACCGUGCCUUUACUUCCACAUUGUCUUACCAUAUUGCCAUGAAAUAUGGUGACGCGGGUCUACCAGAUGGAACCUCGAUAAAUAUAUCCCUCGUCGGUUCUGCGGGUCAGAGCUUCUGCGCGUUCUUGUCGAAGGGCGUUACUGUCACUUUGGAGGGAGACGCCAACGAUUAUGUUGGAAAAGGAUUGUCUGGCGGUAAGGUCAUAAUCUAUCCGCCAAGGAGCUCACCAUUUGAAUCUCAUUUGAAUGUAAUCGUCGGCAACGUUUGCCUGUACGGUGCUACCUCGGGCAGAGCUUACUUCAGGGGCAUAGCGUCGGAGCGGUUCUGCGUGCGCAACUCGGGGUGCGUGGCGGCGGUGGAGGGGGUGGGCGACCACGCGUGCGAGUACAUGACGGGCGGCGCCGUGCUCGUGCUCGGCCUCACCGGCCGCAACUUCGCCGCCGGCAUGAGCGGUGGUAUCGCAUACGUUUACGAUAUCGACGGUUCGUUCAUGCAAGGAAAGUGCAACCCCGAGAUGGUGGAACUGUUGCCUCUAGAGAAACAAGACGACCUCGACUUCGUGAAGAACCUUCUGGAAGAAUUCGUUGAAUAUACUGGUUCUAUUAUCGCCAAGGAGCUCCUCGAAACCUGGCCAGAACCAGCCAAGAAGUUUGUCAAAGUGUUCCCAUACGAAUACCAGCGGGCGCUCAAACAGAUGGCCCUCAAGCAGCCCCAAGCACCAAGGACUGAAACCAACGGAAAGGAAAAUGGCGUCGUCGAUAUUGAAGAGGCCGUUAGGGACAUUGAAAAGGACAAGAAGAAUCUCGAAAAGAUCUUGGAUAAAACGAGGGGCUUCAUCAAGUACCCGCGCGAGACGUCGAUGUACCGGCCGGCGGAGAAGCGGCUGCGCGACUGGGACGAGAUCUACAACUUCGCGCACGUGCGGCGCGGCCUGCGCGUGCAGGCGGCGCGCUGCAUGGACUGCGGCGUGCCCUUCUGCCAGAGCCAGCACGGCUGCCCGCUCGGCAACAUCAUCCCCAAGUGGAACGACCUCAUCUACCGCGCCGACUGGAAGCAGGCGCUCGCGCACCUGCUGCAGACCAACAACUUCCCGGAGUUCACGGGGCGCGUGUGCCCGGCGCCGUGCGAGGGCGCGUGCGUGCUCGGCAUCUCGGAGCCGCCCGUCACCAUCAAGAACAUCGAGUGCGCCAUCAUCGACCACGCCUUCGACAGCGGCUGGCUGCAGCCUGAGAUUCCAACAAACCGCAACGGUAAAACGGUGGCCGUGGUGGGCUCCGGUCCAGCUGGUCUGGCCUGUGCACAUCAGUUGAAUAAGGCGGGCUACACGGUGAGCGUGUUCGAGCGCAACGACCGGGCGGGCGGGCUGCUGCAGUACGGCAUCCCCAGCAUGAAGCUGGGCAAGGACGUGGUGGCGCGCCGCCUGCGCCUGCUCGCCGCCGAGGGCAUCUCCUUCAAGUGCAACGUCGACGUCGGCAAGGACAUCUCCGCCCUCGAUCUCUCCAACGAGUACGACGCGGUGGUGCUGUGCACGGGCGCCACGUGGCCGCGCGACCUGCCGCUGAAGGGCCGGCAGCUGAACGGCGUGCACUUCGCGAUGGAGUUCCUCGAGGGCUGGCAGAAGAAGCAGGCGGGGCCCGCCGGCGCGCACGCCAAGCUCGCGCCGCACAUCUCCGCCAAGGACAAGCACGUGCUCGUCAUCGGCGGCGGCGACACCGGAUGUGACUGCAUAGCGACGUCGCUACGCCAAGGCGCCAAAUCGAUCACAACGUUUGAGAUACUCCCCGAGCCGAAGCCCACCAGAGGACAAGAUAACCCGUGGCCGCAGUGGCCUAGAGUUUUCAGGGUUGACUAUGGACACGAAGAAGUGAAAGUAAAGUUUGGCAACGAUCCAAGGAAGUUCUCUACUCUCACUAAAGAAUUCAUUGAUGACGGCUCGGGCAACGUGUGCGGCGUGUCGGCCGUGGAGGUGGAGUGGGAGCGCGGCGCGGGCGGCCGCUGGGAGAUGCGCGAGCGCGCCGGCUCCGCGCGCCGCUACCGCGCCGACCUCGUGCUGCUCGCGCUCGGCUUCCUCGGCCCCGAGCGCUCCGUCGCCUCGNUAACAGAAUUGCCACUGGACGCACGCAGCAACUUCGAGACGUCAAAGGACAAUAUUUACAAGACACCCGCUAAGAACGUCUUCGCAGCUGGCGACUGUCGCCGCGGCCAAUCGCUCGUGGUGUGGGCGAUAUCCGAAGGGCGGCAAGCGGCGCGGGCUGUGGACGUGUACCUCAGCGGGCACUCCUACCUGCCCGGCCCUGGAGGUGUGGUCCAUGACCAUGAGCGUGAAGCGAAAAUACAUUAAAUAGCCCGUCGUUUCUGUGACGACAAAAUAGUCUUCGGGAAAUUAAAAAAAAUGCUGUAGUCAGGCAAUAAUCGCUCUCCCCGCCCCCCCCUAUUUUAAUAUGAUAAAAUAUUGAUGAAAUGAAAUGAAAUAAAUUUGCAAUGUAUUUUGGUUUAACACUGUUUGAUGGAUUUGAAUGACUGAAAGUUAGUUUGAGAUUUGGAAAGAUUGCGUGGAAGCCCUUGAAGUCUAGAAUUUUGUGGCUUCGAAUGAGAAAGAGACAAUAAUAGGCUAGAUAUGUAUGGAGAUGAAAUUAAAAUAGAUUUUCGAAUAAAAAUAUCCCAAAAGCCCUGACUACGGCGAUGUUUACGCGUAGUUUCAAAUGUUAACAUGAAAUUAGUAAAAAUAUCAUCGUGACUGUAUUGUAGCUCAAACAGCUAUUUAAAUAGACAAAAGUAUAAAAAAUAUUAUAUCUACAAUUAUCAUUUACAUAAUCGCAGACAAUGUUAAAAUGUUAAAUUUUAUUUAAAAUGAAAGAAUUAAUAAUGAAACAUAAUUUUCGUUAUAAUAUUAUAUCAAUUACAUGGAGGUAUUAUAUUUAUUUGAAAUAAUUUUAUUUUUCAAGUCUCAUAAUUAGAGAAAAUACCUACUAGCUAUAUAAAUGUUUCCAUAAAAUACAGUACCAUUAUUUAAGCUAGGUGAAUAUUUGUCUAUUUUUAUUUAUUGAUAUUUUAGAAUCAUUUGUGAUUUUAUAGAAUUGAUAAUAAUUAAUUUAUAACUCGAUCAUUAAUUUAUGUCAAAGAUUAACGAAAUCCUGUUAUGAGGCUAUCCAAUAAAAUAAUAUAGUGCUUUUAAACAAAUUCCUUGUAUGUUGCCAAAGUUGUCGAUAGGAAAUUUGAUAUUUAAUUUAGUGUUGAUUUUAUUAGCCAUGCUUUGUUAGAUAGCCGUGUUAUGUCCUUUUCACUUACCCCAAAACAAGUAUUAUGGUAUUAUGAGAUCUUUUUUUAUGCGCCUGAUGAUUUAGUAUCGCAAGUUGUAUGAAGUCGCAUCGUGCAUACUAUUUUGUGGUUCUGGCCAACUAUUGCUAAUUUACGUAAAAAGAACAUUUUAGCUUUUUUGUAUUCAUUAUCUUAAAUAAUAUGCGAAAUGCUAAAACUGUUAAUAUAAUUAAUUAAACAGGUAAAUGCUUUUGUUUCAUGCAAAGUUCAUUUAAAAUUCAAACUCAAAUUUAGUCUGACUUGGCUAAUAACCCUCUAUUAUAUAUCUUUCUUAAUUUAAAAUGAAUAAUAGUAAACUAAUUUAAUUUUUUUUUUUGGGUGAGUGAAAAUUGGAUAAACAAUAAACUAUAUAAUUAACAUUCCGCUUGUAGGUAAUACGCAAUUGAAAUUUGAAAUCAUGAUCUCUCCUGUGUCAUAACUAUUUUGAUUUAAUAUAAUUGUUAUUUGAUAAAAAUAUUCCCAUUUCGAAUACAGUAUUUAAUAUUUAUAUCAUAUUAUACACUCGCAAAACAUUUGUAAAUUUUUACAGUUUUUAAAAUUUACCACAAUCGACUUAGUGUUGCCAUUUUCAAUAAUUUUGGUAUUUUAAUAAAAUUCAUAUUAAAAUCUAUUUCAAUAUUAAAAAUUACAUUAAAAAGAUCUAUUUACAACAAAACAGAUAUUUCCUUAGUAAGAAUGUACAAAGAGAUCAUUUUGAACUGUGAUUUAAUUUGUGUUUCAGUAAUGAGAUUAAUUUUUAAUGAACAUAGAGUAUUAUGUUUGUGUGAUAGUUCCUACAAGCUGUGGCUUUUUAGAUGUGAUUAGUAAAUUAAAAUAUUAAAUUAUUUAUUAAUUUAUAAUCACAUUCUAAAUUACUGUAUCCCUAUAUUGCGUAAAUGUUUUAUUUUAGUUAUAAGUUUAAUUAAUGCUUUUAAUAUACCUAUUUAAGAUCCAUACAGCUGUAUAAUUACUCGUAUUUGUGGAAUUUGGGCUUACGUUGCAUAUUACCCGCAAUUUUAUUUCGUUCGAAAUUUGAAUACUGUAUAUUUAUUGGAAGUCGUAUUUUAUACGAACCUUAACUUUAAUUAUGUUAAUUUUGUUUAUCGUUGCUUUAUUUUUGUUUAAUAAAGGUUUCGUUUUAUUA